AACCGGAAGUGUUUGAUCACGUGACAAAUGUUUUGUUUCUUACUGAAAAGUGGACCAAACGCGACCUUUAUUCAGCAAAGGCUUGUUAAAAACGUUAUAUAAUAGAAAUUCAACUUUUUUAGAGGAUAUUUUCCUUAAGAGUAACGUGCUAGCUGUCUUUUAAUCCCACCGUUUUCUUUCUGGGAUGAUUCUGAACUAACAAACUAGCAUAGGUGAAGCAUGGCAGCGGUUGACAGCUUCCAGCUUUUGUACAGGGAAAUUUCUCGCUCGUGCGGCUCUUAUGUGGAGACCCUGGCCCUCGUGGGAGCUCUUUACACCGCCAGCCGAGCCGUCGUCCUGCUGACUGAGUGCUGCUCGCUGGUCAGGGUUCAUUUUCUGCCGAAGAUGAUCCCCAACAAGAAGCUGGGUCAGAGGUUUGGAGACUGGGCUGUCAUUAGUGAUGCAUCUGAGCCUGUAGCCAAAGCGUAUGCAGAAGAGCUGGCCAAACACGGCAUCAAUGUGGCCUUCAUAACUCGGGACGCCGCCUCAGUUCAAGAUGCAGCAGCGUCCUUUUCCCAAAGUUACGGAGUAGAAACCGCCGUCAUAGUGGCCGACUUCUCUCUGGGCCAAGCGAGUGUGAUCAAGCCCAUCCAGGAGACUCUGAGGGACAAAGAUGUCGGCUUCUUGGUGAACUGCGUCGAUGAAUCAUCGGCGUCUCCUCUCAGUCUGAUAGAAAUGUCAGAUCAGCUUUUGCUGGGUCAGGUCAACAGGAACGUCGGCGCCACUACUCUGAUGACCCGUUUAGUUCUGCCGGGGAUGCUGCAGCGCAGCAGAGGAGCCGUGGUCAACAUAUCAUCGGGUGCCAACUGUAGACCGUGGCGUGGAGCCGCCACGCUCAGCGCCGUCAGUGGAUAUUUGGACAGUUUCUCUAAAGCGCUUUACUUUGAGUACAGCAGCAGGGGGGUCUUCAUCCAAAGCCUGAUCCCUUUACAGAUUGCUUCACGUGGACUUCCACAUACGUCUUCCAGAGAGAGCUGGUUUGCUCCAAGCCCUGAGGUCUACGCUCGCCACGCCGUCUCCACUCUAGGCAUCUCAAACAGAACCACUGGCUACUGGCCGCACACUCUUCAGUACGGGCUGAUGAAGUGCGUCCCAGAGUGGCUGUGGAUUCUCGGAUCUCGAACGCUCAUCUUCACCGAGAACUAAAAACAUCUUAGAGCAUUGUUGCAGUGUUUUUUGGAGAAAUUUGUUUAAUUUCUUAGUUUGUUGCAGGAAAAGAUCAAAGAUUUCCCUAAAAUAUUUAAAUGCUGUUCUCAACCCCCUCCCGCUUUUCUAUAGAGUUGUGACUUUUUUUCUUUUUUUUUUUUAAUUUAAUGCUGACGUUUAACUUGAGAAAUAACUUUAACCAAUUUUGCUUUACUACUUUGAACUCUGUUACAGUUUGUUUCUUAGAAAAAGCAGCAAAUUUAAGAAGAAAUGGAUGUAAAAUAAUGAACAUUAGACACAGAAAUACAGAACUAAUACAAUAAUAGCAAACAUAACAUUGAGGCUUGGCUUUCAUCUGGAUGAUUUUGAAGUAAAAUGAUUAAAACAUUCCUCUUUUCAUGAAUAUUUUGCUGCAAAAAGCAGUUUGAAGGAACACAAAAAUUGCAGAGUUUUUAAAUUAACUAAAAAAAAAAAAGUGCUGAUUUCAAAUGUUUUUUUGUUAUGCCAAAGCGGGUUUAAAUCCAAAAUGGUUCUUGCACUGAUUGUUUUGUCUUUAACUUAUCUGAGUGGUUUAAACAAAGACGAAUCUCAAGGAGGAGUUUCAUCUUUGAAUUAAAAAAAAAAAAAAUCUGUUGCUGGGCAAAUUUUCCUGUUCUAAGGAGUGAAGUUGUGCAGUGAAAAUGUUCAUAGUUUGGAUUUAAAAGUAAAUAAAAACUCUUACCAA